UCCCACGUCUGCACGAGACGCGGAGAAAUCAGCACGAGGAAAGGAGACAGAGCUCUGUGCAGGUGGAGCGUGAGCGAGCGACCGGACUUGAAGUUGAAGCAACAGACUGGAUGACUUUUUCACUGCCCUGACUUGUUCAAUUCAAACCGGACAAAAGGACGGAGAAAAGUGGGCACUAAAAAAACCGACACGCAGCAGCUGCACGAGCAGAAGAGAAAGCUGAAGCCUGAAGAAGUUGAGGAGCUUGGAUUCUCUGUGCCGUCUGCGAGGAAGUGGCAGAAAAGACACAAGAGGUAGCGACCUCUCAACAUGCAGCACUACGGGGUGAACGGCUACUCUCUGCACGCCAUGAACUCCCUCAGCGCCAUGUACAACCUGCACCAGCAGGCAGCGCAACAGGCACAGCACGCGCCCGACUACCGGCCGUCCGUGCACGCGCUUACACUGGCCGAGAGACUAGCUGACAUCAUCCUGGAGGCUCGCUACGGCUCUCAGCACCGCAAACAGCGCCGGAGCCGCACGGCCUUCACAGCGCAGCAACUGGAAGCGCUGGAGAAGACUUUCCAGAAGACCCACUAUCCAGAUGUGGUGAUGAGGGAGCGGCUGGCUAUGUGUACCAAUCUGCCCGAGGCCCGCGUGCAGGUUUGGUUUAAGAACCGCAGAGCCAAGUUCCGCAAGAAGCAACGGAGCCUCCAGAAGGAGCAGCUUCAAAAGCAGAAGGAGGCAUCAGGCGAAGGAGGAAGUGAGAAGGAGGAUGCACCUCCCUCCACCACCAUCCUUCCUGACACCCAGCUGCCUCCUUCAUCCUCCUCCUCCUCUUCAUCCUCUCUGGAGACAGAAGGUCCUGUGGUCCGUCCUGUACCGCUGGACAUGGAGCUGAACGUCACGUCGGCAGAACAUUCAGGCAGCGAGUCGGCGACGGAGGAUAAUGAUAACACAGAUAAGGAGGAUGAGAGUAAAUCUCAAAGAGAGGAGAUAAAGUGUGAGAGAGCAGUGACACCUGGGGACGUGUCCCCCUGCAAAAGACUCAGCCCUAAACCAGACUCUCCCCUGGUCUCUCCAUCCGUGACCCCCUCCUCCUCCAGCAGUGGCCUGGCCAGCAGCGGGCCUCUCUCUCAGAGCCACUCUUACUCUUCCUCUCCUCUCAGCCUGUUUCGUCUGCAGGAGCAGUUCCGCCAGCACAUGGCCGCCACCAACAACCUGGUGCACUACCCUGCUUUUGACCUCGCGGCCCCGUCUUCACUCCCCUACCUGGGAAUGAAUGUUAACAUGCCCCCUGCGCCGCUUGGCUCUCUGCCCUGUCAGUCCUACUACCAGUCCCUGUCCCACCAUGCCCAGCAGGUGUGGAACAGCCCGCUGCUUCAGGCGUCGGCUGCCGGCAGCCUCACCAGCCACAACAGCAAGACCACAAGCAUCGAAAACCUGCGUCUGAGGGCCAAACAACACGCUGCCUCACUGGGACUGGACACAAUGUCUAACUGAGAAUCAGAUUGUAUGGAGGACAAUGUAAACUAGGCCACAGCCUCGGCCUACAAAUCAUCCCAUCCAACUGUGUGUCUAUGUGACUGUGAUAGGUCUUUAGGGGCUGUAUACUGACCCCUACUUGAGCAGAUGGGCACACGACAUGCAGAGAUGUCCAAAAAUAAAACAUGCCAACAUGCACUGGACCUACAGAACUCCAUUCAACAGCUUUUAAAGACAAACCACACCUCCACGGCUUGUUUGACUCCUGUUAGCUUCUGUUGCAGCUCAAGGUCCAAAAGAACAUCCUUGGGAAAACAAAACCCAUAAGAUACUCAACAUCGCUAGAAAAAGAUGCAGCGGAUCAAGUGAAUGUCCCAACUCAAAGGACAACAAAUGUAUUCCAGACUCAAGAUGACGUUUCCAACAGACAUGUAAAGUUGGACCUUCCUAACAUCUGAAAUACUUAAAAAAAAAAAAAAAAAAAAGAAUCACUAAAGAUGAUGUGAACAGCUGAUGAUGGAUGCACUCAGUUUAAAAAGAAAAUGCAAACAAUGUUUACAAGAAUAAUGUGAAGAAAUGAGGCACUUUUAGAGGAAUUAGGCUCAGUUAGCCAGCAGGAAAAAAAAGAUCCCGUUCGUGCAGCAAAGAGACCAUUUCUGUCAAAGGACCAUUGACAUUUCAAUUAAGAAACGUGGUUAUGUACAUAGCAUGUACUACAUAACAGCACAUAAAUAAAAAUAAACCCAAGCCAUGUUGUCCUCAACAGCAUAAUUAAACGUGACUAAUUUACCAGUUUAAUGGCCAGUAAUAUGCCACUUUGUACAGAGGCUGGCUUGAUAAUGAGAAAAUGAUUUCAGUGACUAAAUUCUCAAAGCUUUUAAUUACAUUUUGCCCUGGGCUGAGGGAGCUGGGGCAAAUGCAAUUAUGAACAUGCAUACCAUUUAAAGCAGCCUUUAUAAAUUCAAAAGGUCUGUACACUAACGUUCAAUUAAGGUAGCAGCAUGACUGACAUCAAUUGGAAAUCAUUUUGUAUUCAAUGUAAAUCAAUUUCCAUUGAAUACACAAUGAUAUGCUAAACACAUUUGGACUAUUGGAUAAAUACUGUCUUGACUCAUAUUUUCUCAGCAGUUAUUCUUGCCUUAAUAUUCUCUUGAGGAAACAUGCAGCUUUUCAUUGAAAGUCAGGCGGACUGUUAGCACUUGGUGAGGAGAAUCACACACGUCUCUGAUGUUUUCUGUUCAUGUGUUCUGGCAAGUAAAGUCUUCAUAUGAAAAAAAAUGCACAUUAUUUUAAUAUGUAAAAUAUAAAAAAGUUUAUCUAUUAAUGUUUACUGGUAGGGUAAUUGUAAAGUUCCUAUUAUGUUGUAUAAUUGAUAAUGGACUCUGUCUCGGAUAAAAUUUCUUUAGCUGUCAGAUUGUAAGAUUGUAUUUGCUGAGCUCACCGACAGCCCCGUCUCCCCCUCCUCUCUUGGUUGUCUGUGUACCGAUUCUGGGUUGAAUUAAUAUUUUAAGUGUGUUCAGUUUCUUCUCUGGGUUUGACCUAAAAUAAGCAGUGGAACAAAUUUGGAUAGUUGGAAAACUGCCACCUUCUGUAGUUUGCAAUCAAUCCAGACUGAAGUCAAAGAAGGUGAAAAGAUUUCAGUGAAUAAUUGAGCCGAGUUCUCUGUGUACUGCUGUCUUGACUCUAUUUGAGUUCUGUUGUCGCUCUUAUUCUAAUGCCGUCUCCCCGACUGUCUCUGUCAAACUACUUGGUCCAGUGGUAGAUAGAUUUCUAUUGUUGGAGGAGAAAGUGAUCGGACCAUCAGCAGUGUUGUUUUCCUUUACUCCUCCCUAACAAUGUAGACUUGAACUAGUGUUGUUGUAAAAUAAUCAUCAAAUAAAAACAUUGCUUGAAGAUCU